AAUGGAUAGAAUAUAUGGUAAAAUAAAGUAGAGGUGUGAGGUCGCGCGUGUAUUGGCUGGCAAUGACUUCUUCCCUUUACACUUGCAGUUGCAGUUCCAGUUCGUUAACUUGGUUGUUAAAGAAACGGAACGUUGAUCAUUACGGAGGUUUCAGCUUGAGACGACGGGCAUUACCGGUGGUGGCACUUUCUCAAUCCAGAAGGUCCACGGCGAUUCUUAUCUCAUCCUUGCCUUUCACCUUCGUUUUUCUCUCUCCGCCACCACCAGCGGAGGCUAGAGAAAGACGCAAGAAAAAGAACAUUCCCAUUGAUGAUUAUAUCACUUCCCCUGAUGGAUUAAAAUACUAUGAUUUUCUUGAGGGAAAAGGUCCAAUAGCUGAAAAAGGAUCAACUGUUCAGGUGCACUUUGAUUGUUUAUAUCGCGGAAUUACAGCUGUUUCAAGUCGAGAAUCUAAACUCCUAGCUGGAAAUCGUGUUAUAGCCCAGCCAUAUGAAUUCAAGGUGGGAGCUCCGCCCGGAAAGGAAAGGAAGCGUGAAUUUGUCGACAACCCAAAUGGUCUAUUCUCUGCACAAGCAGCACCAAAACCUCCACAAGCCAUGUACACAAUAGUUGAAGGAAUGCGAGUGGGUGGAAAGCGAACUGUGAUUGUUCCUCCUGAAAAAGGGUAUGGAAAAAAGGGAAUGAAUGAGAUUCCGCCUGGAGCUACAUUUGAACUAAAUAUUGAACUUUUGCAAUUGGCAUCUACAUGAAGAGAUGAGUUUGAGUUGAUUCUUAUGAAGAGCUGGAUAAUUUAACUUAAGAAUUUGUACCCUAUGAGGCUUGGGCUAUGGCUAUUCUUUUCCCAUUGAUGUUUUCCUCUUUUUGUAGUCUUUUGACUAGGGAGAUUUUUUUCCUUUCACAAAAUGAUCGUGUUGUUGUAUAUUAUACAUGUCUUCCUUCUUGUAACAAAAAAAAAAAAAAAAAAAUACUUCUCUUCCUUCUCUCGUGGCUGCAAUUUGAUAGUGAUCUCAGUAUAUAUGUACGUGGAUCACUUUUUGUAUAUUAUGGAUUAUAGAAGCUUUAAUUUUAACUA